AUGAGUGCAUUGUUGGGGUUUCAUCAAAGGACGAAGGCCAUCGAUGAGAGUUCACAAGGAGAAGGGCUCGUGGUGAAGGGAAACCAGGAUCGUGGGAAAAGCAGGUUCCGAAGUGGACCAAGCAACAAUAGGGCUCGGUCUCGUUCCACAAAGAGGAAGGUCGUGCAGUGUUUUAAGUGUAGGAAAAAGGGGCACAUAAAACCCGAUUGUCUAGAAAGGAAGAAGGGGAAUGCUGAAAAUAAAGAAGAUGGUCAAUUGCCAACAAAAAGCAACCCACUGUCUAGACAAAACCUGCUGGAAGUUAAAACAAGAAUUGACUUCAGCCAAAAGCAUGCAGUGAAAAGCAUUGAGAGUGAAGAUGGGGACAUUAUUGAUUGCAUUGACAUCUACAAGCAGCCAGCUUUUCAUCAUCCUGCACUAAGAAAUCACACCAUCCAGAUGUCACCCAGCUAUGAUCAAACUGUGGAGACAACAACUACAAUGACAUUGAGAAAAGGCGAGUCAGCCAUGAUUGUAUCAUCACAGCUAUGGCAGAGAAAUGGAAGCUGUCCAGAGGGCACAGUCCCCAUCCGAAGAAUCCAAAGGAGCAAGCUAUUUAAAUCAAAUAAAACUGACAACUAUGUGAGGAAGAAGGGUCGCUUUUCUUAUCAUUUUAAACACCCUAAUAUUGGUGACAAUUCGUACCUUCAACAAAUAAAUCACUCGCUUGCAGUGUUGCUUACAGAAGGCUAUAGUUAUUCCGGAGCAAAAGGAGAUAUCAAAGUUUGGAAUCCCUAUGUUGAAUCAGAUGAUGAGUACAGUACUUCUCAAGUUUGUUUGAAAAAUGGUCCUUACUAUGAUUAUGAAAGCAUUGAAUCUGGAUGGGCAGUAAAUCCAAAGGUGUACGGGGACAAGCAGACUCGAUUAUUUGUAUAUUGGACUGCUGAUGGUUCAAAGACAACAGGUUGCUUUGACCUCACUUGUCCUGGAUUUGUCCAAACUAGCAAUGAGAUUGCUCUGGGUUCCACAAUCAAUCCCAUAUCAGUCCCUGGUGGGCUACCAUAUCAAAUUACCCUUUACAUAUUUAAGGAUCCAAACACAAGCAACUGGUGGGUGCAAUAUGGGGAAAGAAUCAACAUAGGAUAUUGGCCUCCUGAUUUAUUCAGAUUGUUGAGACAUAACGCUGAAAGCGUGGAGUGGGGAGGUGAAGUCUACAGCUCAAAGGUUGGGAGUGCUCACCACACUGCAACAGCUAUGGGAAAUGGGCAAUUUUCUGACCCCAUUUUCGGCAACUCUGGCAGCAUAAAGAGAAUACGAAUUCGUGAAAAUUCUUUUCUAUUAAAGUUUCCAGAAUGGGUCGAUACUUACUCAGAUGAGUAUAAUUGCUAUGAUGUCUCUUACCUGGGUGAUUACAUAGAAGAUCCUGAAUUCUAUUACGGAGGGCCUGGUAGAAAUCCCAAAUGCCCUUAA